UUAAAAGUAGUGAAGUAGCCUGGCGUGACUCUCCUUUAGGGAAGAGAAGGAGGACAUGGCGGAGGGGAAUGAAUUGAUGAAUAGGCUGAUGAGUGAGAAUGCCGACCUGAAGAAGCAGGUUCGACUGAUGAAGGAGAACCAGAUGCUGAAGCGGCUUCUCAGCGAGAGCUGCCAUGAGAACAGCGGCCGAAAUCGAGACUGUCGGGACAACCGAGACUUUAUCUUCCCCAAAGUCCCAGGGUACCCUGAGGCCUGCUCCCCUGGGGCUGGAGGGCCAGCCUUGAGCCCGGAGCCUCUCGUUUCUCUCCUGUGCGCUUCAGUUCAGUCAUCUGUAAAACAGUCCUCAUCUACCCCUCAAGAAUACGGAAGACUCAUCAACAUCCCUGAGGCAUCCACCCAGCUCCAGCCAUCAGCUCUGGAGGACCUGCUCUACUCCCAUAUCAACAUUUCCAAUGAGGAAGACACCUCUUCCCCCACCUGCAACACUCCUUCCCAGGUGGCUUUUAAGGGGUUUCUCAGCCCUCCAGACAUCUACUCCUCGAGAACCACAGAAAAGAAGCUAAGUCAGCUCCUGAGCAACAUGCAGGAUGCCAUGAUUGAUAAGCCAAUGGCUGAGUCCAAGGAGAUCCGGCAGAAGAAAGUCUGUUUCUCAGAGAGUGGCCUGCCUGGAGGGGACAAGAUGAGAAAAAGCUAUUACUUGAAUGAAAUACAGAGCUUUACCAGUGCUGAGAAGGAUGGGAGGAUCGUGGGGGAGAUCGCCUUCCAGCUAGACAGACGGAUCCUGGCGUACGUCUUCCCAGGAGUGACCAGGCUUUAUGGCUUCACUGUGUCCAAUAUCCCUGAGAAGAUCAAACAGACUUCCAUAAAAUCUUUGGAUGGUUCCGUGGAUGAGAAGAAGCUUCGAGACCUGACCCACCGCUACCUGACGCUCACCACGCGCCUGGAAAAGCUUGGUUACAACAGGGAGGUGCACCCGGUGUUCAGCGAGUUCUUGAUCAACACCUACGGGAUCCUCAAGCAGAGGCCCGACUUGCGCUCCAACCCCCUCCACAACAACCCCGCGGCUCUGCGCAAGCUGGUCAUUGACAUCGUGCCCCCCAAGUUCCUUGGGGACUCUUUGCUGCUUCUGAACUGUCUGUGUGAGCUCUCCAAAGAAGACAGCAAGCCUCUUUUUGCCUGGUGAUGGGCCGGCACCGACUCCCAUCGCCGAUGGAAAACCCACUACUCAGAUACUAAUUUUUUUUACAAUACAAGUGCUUGAGUUAAGUGUGUC